ACUCAAACCAAACGUUACCAUUUUUUUUUUCCUCCCCUUUUCCCUCCCUCUUUUCCGGCGAACCAAACAGCGUGUAAAACACCCUGUAGCUCGAUUUCAGUACAAGUGGAAACAACGAGAAAGAAAGAAGGCGAAGUUUCCACUUUCAUGGCGUGUUUAAUCUCUUCCUUCAGCUUCUCAAUGCAUCUCUGUGCAUCCCAAAACCUAGAUAAGGAAUUUCUUCCAUGGAGAUCAGCUCUUGGAAGGUUUUCAAGAUCAGCAGCCAGCAAAACAGCAAUCAAGCUUCUUGCCCCGGACUGCUCAUACAGAGGUGAAUCUUCGGUAGAUAGGAGUUGUAAUCACCACAUAAUGAAACACUGCAGACAUUUUUAUGGAUCUGUUUCUCUUCAUUCUAAUGUAAGUUUUAGUACUCAAACUGUAAUAUCGGGUUUUUGGGAGGGGCCAGAUAUCGAAGAUGGCUGGGGUUUUGUAGACGCUUUUGUAAACCAAAUAGUUUGAUUAUUGAUAAUUCUUGAAUUGUUUUGCUUGGCUUCCUUUUA